AUGUCUGACACUGAUGAUUUAACAUGCCAACAUAAGUCCUUGCGAUUUGAAUGCUCCGAACACUCCCAAGACGUUGGCUACAAGCCGAGAACGGCUUUGCAAAGACUGGCAGCAACACUGCCAUCCAACAAAGCCCCAAAGAAGGCGGACAGGCAACGCUUUGGGUCCAGUGAGGACCAGUAUCCAGCCUCGACAUUUCCUGCUCCUCUCGUUCUCCCCGAAGAUGAGCUCUCGUGGGACCCGAAUUGCGAGCCGCAAAGUCUUAAAUCAUGGAUCGAGGAAGGUCACAGGAAUGAGAUCACUAAACAUCGACGCACCAUCUAUCUCGUCGAGAGUCCAGUAAUAGCAACUUCUGCAGCAUACAUUAAAAAGUGGGCAAGCCCUCAGCUUGAUCCAAAGGAAAGUCAGCAUCUAGGGAGUCCAAGAACUGAGGACGUUCUCAAAUAUCUUGAAGCAUUCUACUGCGGUCUGCCAGUAAAGAUGCUMACAAAACCCAAACUCAAGUACGUUCCUUGGUCUGAUUCAAGUUCAACCGAGGGCUCGCUACCCUCAUAUAUCGGUCUGCGUACAGGCUCAGAGGUGAUUGGUAUACGGCACCGCCCGUCCAAAGACGACAUCUUCGCUGGCCAAUUGAAUCUCAACGAUCUUCUGGACGUCGCCAUUUCAAUACUACCAAGCGAUGCCUACGCUCUCUUGAUGCUCACGGACCAUGAUCUUUACGAAGAUGAAGAAGACGACUUCUGCUGCGGGCGAGCUUAUGGAGGCAGUCGCGUCGCGGUGGUAUCUACGGCGCGAUACAAUCCCGCUCUCGACAAAGCUCAACACGUCGAGACUGCCCACGCCUGGCCCGCAUCUCACUGCCAAUCAUACAUUGACUCAUGCUGCGAUGUGGCGACAAAGAAUGUGAAGAAGAAAGCAGCAGUUGAAGAAAGCCUUUCGGCAUUGCGCUCCGCAGUAGUGGCGCUUUCUCCGGUACCCGCAAGGAAGAACUCUAAGCACGAGUCACUCUGGCUAUCCCGUCUUUGUAAAACUGCUUCUCACGAGCUAGGCCAUUGCUUCGGGAUCGAUCAUUGCAGUUACUACGCUUGCAUCAUGCAGGGGACCGCAGGAUUGUCCGAGGAUGCUCGUCAGCCACCAUACCUGUGCCCUGUAGAUCUCGUAAAAGUGCUUCGUGCGACUGGUGCGGACCCUGUACAGCGAUAUAGAGCUCUCUUGGUGUUUUGCGAGGGGUCUGGAGCGAGUGAGAAGAUGUUCGAUGCCUUUGCCGCCUGGCUACGUGUGAGGAUUGACGAGGUUGAGAGCUGGCGAGAUGUAAUCGUGCUGGAGUGA